UGACCAGGCGGUUCGUACGAGGUGGGGCUGUGAACAUGCUGUUGUUCGAAAUAGCCAUGGUACCCUCCGCAUGACCUCAAGCGCAUAACAAACUGAUAGACAUCAAGCUUGAGCCUCCACAAUACACAUAAGUAUCGUAUUUUCCUUCUGUCGGUCCUUGCUUGCUCUAUUGUCUGCUAGUUCUCUACAUUCCCCCUUGCAGCACAUCUUUGCAUUUGUGUACCAUAACACACUCUACAUCAUUAUGUCGUGGCAACCACCAUCCGACUAUGCGACCCGUCCCGUCACCAUCCUAGGUGCAGGCGUACUAGGCCGCCGCAUCGCAUGCACCUGGGCCGCCGCCGGCUACAACGUGCACAUCCGCGACCCUAGCGCCGCCCAACUCACCCAAUGCGCCUCCUACUUUGAGUCAAACAUCGGAACCUACAAGCAGAAAACAUCUUCGUCGACAACAGGAACCAUUUCCACCUUCGCAGAUCUUGAACCCGCCGUAGCAACCGCCUGGCUCAUCGUCGAAGCUGUCCCCGAAGUCCUGGACCUAAAAACCAAGACCUUCACCGCCCUCGAGGCACACGCACCCCGCGAUGCCCUCCUCGCCACGAAUUCCUCCUCCUACAAGUCCUCCGAAAUGCUCUCCGGCCUCGUCUCCCCCACCACCGCAUCCCGCAUCCUCAACACGCACUACUACAUGCCGCCCGCCAACAUGGUCGUCGAGCUCAUGACGUGCGGCCACACACAUGCCCCCAUCUUCCCCUUCCUCGCCGCGCGCCUCCGCGAAACCGGCGCCGCGCCCUACACGGCGCGCGUCGAGUCCACGGGCUUCAUCUUCAACCGGCUCUGGGCCGCCGUGAAGCGCGAGACGCUGGCCAUCCUGUCCGAAGGCGUGUCCACCCCCGAAGAAAUCGACGCCCUGUGGACCGACAUGUUUGUCCGCGGGCAAGCGACGCCGUGUCGGCUCAUGGACCAGGUGGGGCUCGAUACCGUGGCGUUUAUCGAGGCGCAUUAUGUAGCUGAGCGCGGACUCGAUGAUGAACAUACGGUUCGAUACUUGGAGAGGGAGUUCAUUGCGAAGGGGCGGCUGGGUGAUAAGAGUGGGAAGGGGGGGUUGUAUCCUCCC